AUAUCGAUUACAUGAUCAGAUUUGCUCUGAUAUAUCUUCAAAUAAGUUAAGCUUUGUAGGUUUGUUGUUCAAAAACAUAUCCCUCUUCCUUUCAUCCUGCUUUGAUCUCAGUGAGGAUCCAGACUAUCAAAGCACCCAUCUCUCACCCAUAUAUUCAGCGUCAUACUUGGAGAGCCGGGGUAUUCUGCCCCUGGAGCCGGCAAGGGAGUCAAACUGUGUUGCUCACUGCCUCCUCUGCCUCCCUCAAUCCUUUCUUCUCUGUCUCCCCUUCCUCCCCCUCAGUGUUUGAAACUGGCUUUCCAGAGGGGAGGAGAGACAGACUGAGGUCAUGAAUCUGCAGUGCUGAGGCUUGCCUCUCUGACCCUGCUGCCUGGAAGACUUUGCUUGCUGCAGCGGUAGUCCAGGGCACAGACAGGGAAGCUCGCAACUAUCCAGAGUGCGGAGAUGUCCCCCUGCUGACACCAGGAAGUAAAGAGAUGAUGUCCCAGGCUCUGAAGGCCACCUUCAGUGGCUUUACAAAGGAACAGCAGCGGCUGGGUAUUCCCAAGGAUCCCAGACUGUGGACAGAAAACCACGUGGCUGAGUGGUUAACAUGGACCGUGAACGAGUUCAGCCUGAAGAACGUUGACUUUGAGAAAUUCUGUAUGAACGGAGACAGCUUGUGUGCGAUGGGGAAGGAGCGCUUCCUUGACUUAGCACCUGACUUUGUGGGGGACAUCCUUUGGGAACAUUUAGAAAUGCUUCAAAAAGAGGAUACAAAGCAUUAUCCCAUCAAUGGAUUGACCUCCAACUUCCAGGAAUCCCGUUAUACCUCAGACUACUUUGUCAGCUACGGUGUUGAGCAUGCUCAGUGUGUCCCUCCUUCUGAAUACUCAGAGCCCGGCUUCAUCACCGAGUCCUACCAGACGCUUCAUCCCAUCAGCUCGGAGGAACUGCUCACGCUCAAGUAUGAGAGUGAAUACCCUGCUGUCAUCCUGCGGGACACGCCCCUCAACCCGCUGCAGGGGGACUACUUCAACGUCAAGCAGGAGGUAGUGUCCCCCGACAACAUGUGUGUGGGACGCCUCAGCAGAGGUAAGCUUGGCGGCCAGGAUUCCUUCGAGAGCAUCGAGAGCUUCGAGAGCUGUGACCGACUGACCCAGUCGUGGAGCAGCCAAUCCUCGUUCAGCAGCCUGCAGCGGGUGCCCUCUUACGACAGCUUCGACUCAGAAGACUACCCCACUGCCUUGCACGGUCACAAGCCCAAGGGCACCUUCAAAGACUACGUGAGGGAGCGCACAGACCUCAGCAAGGAUAAACCCGUCAUCCCUGCAGCGGCGCUGGCAGGAUACACAGGCAGUGGCCCCAUCCAGCUGUGGCAGUUCCUUCUAGAGCUGCUGACCGACAAGUCUUGCCAGUCCUUCAUCAGCUGGACAGGCGACGGCUGGGAGUUCAAGCUCUCUGACCCAGAUGAGGUUGCGCGGAGGUGGGGCAAGAGGAAAAACAAGCCCAAAAUGAACUAUGAGAAGCUGAGCCGUGGCCUGCGCUACUACUACGACAAGAACAUCAUCCAUAAGACAUCGGGGAAGCGCUACGUCUACCGCUUUGUCUGUGACUUAAAAAGCCUGCUGGGGUACACUCCCGAGGAGCUGCACGCAAUGUUGGACGUAAAGCCCGAUACAGACGAGUGAAAGCAAAUUUGAAAAAGGAUGCGGAGACGGACGUUUAAAGCGCCGCAUGGACUGGGGCUCCUAAAGUGGUCUUAACUGUUUGAUAGUAUUGGUAAACCAUUUUUUGGGGGGGACCAAAAUGUUUUUAAUGACUUACUGUGGUCUUUGUCAACUUCGAGCUCUUGUCUCUCAGACCAUGAUUUAACAGGAAGGCACAACCCUAAAGCCUGUAUUCAUACCCUGUUGCAUUUGAAAUGUGUGUGUGCAAAUGUGUUACCGGUAUUAUUUUGCAGCUCGUGGCAGACGGAAUGCUAUUGGGUAGAGUUGAGGUUCCGGGCUGCCGAGGUAGCACAGUGACAAGAGGACCAAGACAGGAAGUGUUAGAGAAGAAAAUAAAAUGAUUCAUUUUAUUCUUAGGGUAAACGGAGAGCAGGCAGAAAGCUCCAGCUAAGAAAACGGUUGCCAAAAUAUAAAAACCCAAGGGAGGAAGGUAUAAUGUCAUAUUUAGAUAUAUACGGUAUGUUCACUGUUUCUGAGAUUUUUCAGCUUGGACCAAAAAGUGUUGUUCAUAGUUUUUUUUUUGUUUAAGGAGCUUGUACUUGUGCCAGUAUCGUAUUACUGAUCGUGAGAACACCCAAUGUAAACCUACCUAGCAGGCAUAUAUUGGAAAGAUCUCAUGUUGUCAAUGAAGGUAUCACAGUUGGAACCAAAUAAUGGGCUGCCGUCAGAACUGUUCUCUUUCUCUUGGAGCCUUAGAUUAAAAUGUGCUGAUCCGUUAUCAGAAAACAUCACAGACACCGGAUCUGUGGUUUCAUAGGGUGCGAGGACCUGGUGAGAUUACUCAUAACUUGAGUCUCUGAUAGACAGACAACUGAAAGCAGCCGUUGCUUUUGAAACUGACGCGUUCACCUUAAUGUACAUGUUUGCCACUUUGUUAGAGACACAUAUUGUGACUGAAACUUGUGCAUUUUGCAUAUACCACCAGUAUUAGCAAACUGUAGACAAUCAGGAGUCCUCGCUGAGAAGAGUUGUUUCAUGUGCAGAUUAGAUGCAUAGUUUCUCGCUUCACUGUCCGUGUUCGUUGCUUUAGAAGUUUUGGAAUUAUCUAUAUGUCUGUCUGUACAAUAAAAUCGCAAGUGAAGUAUCUGAGGGUCUGGUUUUGCAAAUUCCUAAGAAUGUCAGGUUAUUCUUUCUUUAGUUUUGCAGAGUGUUUUGGCCACAAGGAAGUGGCUGUAGUAAAGUGUGGAGAUGCAGUUAAGGAUGAAGCAACAGUGAUAGAAAAGUGUUGAUGAAAGAGAAUCGGAAGCUGCGUGGGACAAAGUGACUGAAAGGAAUCUGUGGUUCCGGUGAAGUCUAUUGACAUAGACAGAAAUGAGAAAGUUUGGAUUUUUGGCCUUACACAACCUGUUUAUUUAAUGAGCAAGUUCAGACACUGCUUAUAGCUGAAACCUGAAUGCAAACUGACGUUUAGGACUAGUGACAGACAUUUGUGUUUCAUUUGUAUGUUGUGUGUUAUUUGUCUAUGAUCAAAAUAGCAUUCAGUUCAUAUUGUAUAGUUUGCGCAAAAAAACACAUGCAGAGAUUAGCUGUUAACUUUGAGCGAAUUGGCAGCAGUUCCUAUCCGACAGUGGGAACCGUGGCUGUACACUGGCCUUAUGGGAAAUGCCAAAGUAAAAAAAAAUCAUCUAAGAAGACAAUGUUAUUGUUUACAGUGGCUGAAUGUUACCCAUAUAGAUGCAAAUAGCUUUUGCGAUGUCUGUUUGUACAGAUUGUAUUUCAUAAUGCUUUAUUGAGACCCAGAUUACACAAAUAAGCAAGAGACAAAGCCGUAAUAAUAACCAAAACCCAUGUGAGGUCUUUUGGCCGUGGUGCCUCGGGUUUCGUCCACAGCUGUGGAAGACAGGGACCAAAAAAUCUUUAACAUUCACAAGUGUUGACUCGCUUUUAUCUGUUAAUAUGUUGGAAAGCCCAUAGCUUUAGGACAAAGAGAACUCACCGUCACUGUUCUGGGUUUCCCACUGAAAGGAGAUGCUGUACAGGAUGUUGAAAUGGUAACAAGCUUGUGUGCGCCAUCACCGAGCGCUGACUCACAAACCUCCAGCCAUGCUCGUCAUGCGGCACCAGGAAAUGAAUUGGUAGCUGUACUUUCAUCCUUUUCUGCACGUUGGUGUCAAGGUUUCAAAUCACUGUUUUUUUUUUGUUCAGGUUGUUUUUUCUGAUGUUGAUGUUUUAUGUUAAAGAGAGCUUUACAGAUUUUUAAAUAUAUUUGUAACGGUUGCCAGUGCCCUUUUUUUUUUUCAUCUUUCCAUACAUGGUCAUGAUGUUAGUAUGGUUGACUCCAUAAGAUCAAUGUGCUAAAAGAAAACGUUACUUAUAUUAUUUUAAUAUUAUUUUGUCAGGAAAAUAUACUGUUGUUAACUGUCAGCAAAUACUGCAGGUCUUAUGUAUUAAUGAAUCGUAGUCAGGCAAGUGUAUACACACCAAUAGAUUGUGGCAUAUGCAUAUCUCAGAAUGGAUUCAGAAGGAAAAAAAUCUUUUUUUGUUUUUGGAUGUUGUUUUUUUGUACAUUUUAUAGUGUCUCUGUAUUUUUUUUACGAGAUAAUUUUUAUUGUAUUUAGUUCACAAACAUUUGAAUAUUUUUCAAUAAUUUAUAUUUUAUAAAAGACAAGAGAUGCAGACAGCUGGUGCUUUCACGGGAAUAUAAAGGUAGCGCAGGACAAAAUAAUGUAGCGACUCUUUUCUGUUUGUUUGUUUUUGUUUGUUUUUUUAAUUCUUUUUUGUAUAGAAAAUCAAGCUGUCUGCUAGAGGAAAAAAAGGCUGAUGCUGGCCCAUCAAUGAUUUCUGCUGGAAAGGUUUUAUAAACUGUAGCUUCUAUUUCUAAAAUGUACUUAAUGUACUUCAAAAUGUUAUAAAAUAUAUGUGAACAAAGA